AUGGGUGCUCUUCUGUCCCUACCGCUAUUAGCGGUGCCGAGUGUUGGCACGCUCGUUACCAUGGGCGCAUCAUGUUGUGGUGCUGCCACUUGCUCUGCAGUCUGUAGCGCAUGCGGCAAAUUCCAGAACAGCAUGGCAACGCGAAUCGCCUAUGCCUUCAUCCUCUUGCUCAAUUCGAUCGUCUCGUGGAUCAUGCUCACGCCGUGGGCAUUGAAAAAAUUACAGCAUUUAACACUCGACUAUAUGGAAAUUCGCUGCGACGGCAAGGAAUGUCAUGGUUGGGUCGCUGUCCAUCGCAUCAACUUCGGCCUCGGGCUCUUCCACUUGAUUCUUGCUGUCUUGCUCCUCGGGGUCAAGAACUCGAGAGAUAGUCGUGCUGCCCUUCAGAAUGGCUUCUGGGGUCCAAAGAUCAUUUUGUGGCUGGCAUUCGUCGUGGUAUCCUUCUUCAUCCCCGAAUCGUUCUUCUUCAUUUAUGGCAACUACAUUGCCUUCUUCUGCGCCAUGCUCUUUUUGCUCUUGGGCUUGAUCCUUCUGGUGGAUCUUGCGCACUCCUGGGCUGAGUUGUGCUUAGAGAAAAUUGAAGAUAAUGACUCUGGCCUGUGGCGUGGAUUGCUUAUCGGCUCGACCUUGGGCAUGUACUUGGCUUCCAUCACCAUGACGGUUUUGAUGUAUAUCUUCUUUGCUCACAGCGGUUGCUCGAUGAACCAGGCUGCUAUCACUGUCAACCUCAUCGUCUUCUUGGUCAUUUCGUUCAUAUCUGUACAGCCUGCUGUACAGGAAUCUAACCCACGUGCGGGGCUGGCGCAAGCUGCCAUGGUCACUGUCUACUGCACAUAUCUCACUCUUUCUGCUGUCUCGAUGGAACCCGAUGACAACCACUGCAAUCCAUUGAUCCGUUCUAGCGGAACCAGAACUGUCACUGUCAUCCUGGGGGCCAUCGUCACCAUGGCCACGAUCGCAUACACUACCACCCGUGCGGCGACCCAGGGCAUCGCGCUCGGUUCCAAGGGUGGUCAUGCCUACAGCCAACUGGGCACUGAAGACAAUGAGCACGGGCUUGUCACCCAGCAACCCCCCAACACUCGCCGUGAGAUGCGCGCUGAAGCCCUGCGCCAAGCCGUGGAGAGCGGUAGUCUCCCGGCUAGUGCCCUGGAUGAUGACAGUGAUGACGAAGACGACUUUGAGAACAAGCAGCAAGGAUGA